AUGAUUCAAGCAUGUAGAGAAUAUUACGAUGGAAAUACGAACGAAAUGAAAUUUAUUGAUGACUUUGAAAAAAACUAUCGAUCCGAAGAUGCUAUUGUUUGGUAUUUAAAACGAUCGUUUGUUUAUAAAUUAAUCACUAAAGCGUUAAGAACACGAGAUAUGGAUUUAUUGUGUAUGUUUCGGUUUUUUAUCGAUGAUCUUACCGAAAAUUUUCGGCAUGAGCAUGAAAAACUGUUGUCAUCAAAAGAAAAAAUGUUAAAUGCUUAUCGAAAAGUCAAACUUAGCAAAGAAGAAUUCGAUGAGUUAAAAGAAAAUCAAACGAAACUUAUUUUUACAAAUGGAUAUUUUUCUACUAGUAUGUCAAAAGAAUUCGCAUUAAAUUUUGCACUAAGAACAACAAAAAACAAUGAUGAUGUUUCUGUUCUUUUCCAUAUUCAAUGUAAUAUUGAAUAA